CACGGGCCGGUCACGUGGAGUCCAGUGGGACCCCCACACUCGGCGUAGCCGCGCUCAGUCCGUCGGUGCCGCAACGCUGGAGCUGCGAGUUGCAUCGGCGCGAAGAGGCUGCCCGACGGUGCCGGAGGAAGUACGCGAGAUGAGGCACAGCUGAACUAGUGGCACCUGCACAGGCUCCGGAAAUGGCUGGGGACGACGACGAAGCGAGGAUGUGCAAGGCCAACACCGAGUUGGUGCCGCUCAAGAUCGUGCUCUUUCUUUGGUACGGAGGUACGGCCUGCUUGCUGCCCUUCUUGACGGUGCACAUGCGCCAGCUGGGACUCAGCGUGGAGGAAACGGCCAUCAUCUACAGCAUCGUGCCGUUCGCCCAGCUUCUGGGGCCGUACGCGGCCACCUUCCUGGGCGACAAAUAUGGGAGUUACAAGUGCGCGCUACUGGGGAGCCUGAUGCUGACGGCGCUGUCAGGCACCAGCCUGCUGCUGGUGCCACAGGCCCUUGGACCCCCCGUGCCACCGCCGGCGAUCCACUUGCACUGCGGCCCGUCGCUGCAGCUCGAAGUGGUGGUGGACCACUGCGGCGACGAGCACGGUGCGUGUCCCGAGCCCUCGCCAGGACUGGCGCUGCCCGUUCUGCUCUCGGACUGCAGACCGGAGUGCCCGGACACGGAGUGGCUGCACGCCAUCGACGAGACGGGCAUCUGCUUCACGGACGACUACGGCAACAAGGAGUGCCACGUGGUCAGCGAGAACGACACGCUGGCGCGCAGUACGUCUCUCGGCCUGUACCUGCAGCCUGCUAGGGACCCCGACCUCCUGUGCCUGCACCCGGUGACGGCCAUCACGUGGGAGAGCAGGGUUUUUCACAACGUGUCGUGCCUCAAGCACCUUCCGGACCAGGACCACACUAACUGCUCGCUCAAGUGCACCGUCGAGGACACGGAGGAAGUGGACGCCGUGUCAGCGGCCGACUUCUGGCACGCCGAGUGCACGCCGCCCGAGGGCAGCGACCGGCGCGUCACCAUCUCGGUGUACUUCCUGCUGCGCAUCGUGUUCCAGGUGCUCGUCUCCAUAUGCUUCACGCUGGUGGACGCCACGACCGUGUCGAUGGUGCACGCGCACGAGGGACGCUUCGCGUGGCAGCGCUUCUGGGCCAUCGUGGGCUCCGUGUCCUGCGCGCCGCUGUCGGGAUUCUUCAUCGACCUCAGCAGCGAGCACGUCAUCACGGGCUUCGACUACUCGCCCGCUUUCUACAUGUUCAACGUCUUCACGGUGCUCACGGCGAUCUUCACGUAUGUGCUAGAAAUCCAAGUGGCCACUCCCGGCAAGAACGUCUUCUACAAGGCCCGACGACUCUUGAAGCAGCCGCAAUUCCUUAGCCUCUUCUUGUUUGUGCUGUGCCUCGGAAGCGUCUACGGUUUCCUCGAGUACUUUCUGUUUUGGUAUCUGCUCGAUCUAGGCGCCGCCAACUACCUUCUUGGUCUGACGAUAUCCAUCGGCGGGUUCGCCGGCUUCUUGUUUCUCUAUGAAACCAAGUGGUUUAUGGACAAGUUGGGCGUCGUGAAUAUCAUUGCACUGUCCGGGCUGGUUUACUGCGCCAGGCUGGUGGGCUACUCAUACAUCGGCCAGCAUCCGUUGUGGUGCAUACUCUUGGAAGGACUUGAAGCCAUGACGUUUCACCUUCUGUGGGUCGCCAUCGGCACCUACGGCACGCAGAUAGCGCCCAGGGGACUCAAGCCAACAGUGCAGAGCUGCGUCGGAAGCAUCUACUUCGGCCUCGGUCGCAGCACGGGCAGCCUGGUGGGCGGCACCGCCAUGUACUUCCUCGGCGCCCAGACGGCCUUCCGCAUCAUGGGCGCAGUGGCCGCGCUGGCCUCGGCCUCGUACGGCUGCUUCUGCUGCUGGCAGCGAUCCGCCGCUCGGCCGCCGGCGAUGCAGGCGCCAGGGGGCGUCGCCGGUGCUUGCUGCGGAGACAAGCUACCUUCUCCGGCAGCCGAGAACGCGCCCGCCGCAUCGUCGGCGACCGACUGCCCGGCGAGGAACGAGGACGCCGGCGGAACGGCCAAGGCGCCGGGCGAGGGCCGCUCGGAGCCCGAAGUCUCGUAACCGGGAGCGCCACUGUGCUUCACGAGUCAGUCGCUGCUGAGCGCUCCGACACCGCGCCAUUCUGCGGAGAUGCGCCGACCGGGCGCAGGAGUGCUCGCACGUCCUUCUCCGGUUGCGCAAAUUAGGACAUUUGAAGAUGCAUACGGCAAGUGCAUUUGAGGCCUCCAAGAUGGCAAACACCAAAGGCGCCGUCUUAGGCUCCGUAUAGGCACAAGCGAACCUAAUGGGAUUCCCUCGGCACAGGUUAAUGCCGUGUAUGAGAAGACAGUUUCCAAAGAGAGCGGAGACCCACUCCUCGCGACGCUUAGAUUGGCCACGCCCACCGUUUCGUGAGCGUCCAACGAUAACAAGCAAACUGUCACUCAGAUUUCCUCGCGAACCAGCAGCGUUACCGGCCUAAGUGGACUUCCACGAUGCUGAAUGCCUGUCCUUCGGGAGGAGGUGCUGUUAAGACAAGACUGUGCCGUGCGAAUAGCGCGCUUUCACAGACACUCAUUGCUCAGGUGUAUACACAGGCAGGAAUGCUACUUGCAGUGUCCAUGGUGCUCGGUAUGAGAAUCAGAUGCCGAGAUGCUGCCGAGCCUGAACAUGGCGCUGUCUUAGACAAAGGACAAAGGAGGUUCAUGCUUUACUUGUUCGCAUUCAGCAUCUUCGGGUAGUUCCCGAGUUCCUCGAGAGAUAUUGAAUGAAGUGCACUGAACUGUAUAAGAUCUCCCCAUCGUGCUCGAGGAACUCGUGAAGGAUUGUGGGAAUGCACUGCGAACCAGAAUGCGGAUCGCUAUUCUGAAGAUGAGCUUUCCUGCCGCCAUGGCGUUGCAGCGACCGUGUGCUACUAUGUGUAUGAACGAAGCUACAUGUGCCCAAAGACGGAUGUGCUGAUUUGUGGGUUAAAGCACUCACUGCGAGUAGCUUGUGAUAAUGGCAUUUCGAUUACGUUUAGGUAAGGACACACAUUAUACCCAGUAAAUGGUGACUUCUAUGCGCAGCUAGAGAGUUUCCCUUUCAUCCAUGCACCUCUCGUUCAAAAUGUGCACGAAGUGGUAAACUGGGACACAUACAAACACAUAACAAGAGUCCGCUAGCAGUCAGCCAACACAACGGUAGGUCUGUGCUCGAAGACGUAUAUCUGUGGAUGUUUCAGUGUCUUUAGGACCUUUUGGCCUUGCAAACGUUCAGCGGGCUCUUGCUCCUUUCCAAUCACACUAAGGUCCCCAUCAAAUUGAACAAUACGUCGGUCAACAGUGCCCGCGAAUAUUGUCCGUCGUGCAGAAAAAAAAAAAUAAAAAAGGGUCGGUCAAUUGGUUGAUCCGACGGAAAUACGUUCAUU